AUGCCUCCAAGAGCUGGUGACCGCUGCAUUGUCAUGGUUGAAUACAUGGUGGAGAUGAAGGAGUUGGUUUACUCCUUUAGGUGGACAAGAACAGCUCUUCAAAUUGAGAGAAAACAGGACAAGAGGAUACGGGUGGAAGCCCUGAAGUUCACCUUCCCCGACGGCACUCCGGGUCAGUUCACCUUCGUGGCCGACGCUAAUGGCUUCAAUGUGAAGUCCGACCUGCUGUCCGUGGGUAAGCCCUUGCCUGACCACGCCAUUGCCCAGAUCGAGGCAGUUCGUGUGAAGCGAGAUGCUGAAGCUGCCUCCUCUUCUGUUACUCAAGUUCGCUCUCGUGUGAUGGACGUACCUGAAGGUGGAGGAGACAUCUUUCCGGUCCUGGCAUAA